AUGUCCACCCCCUUCCCAAUCGACAACCUCCCCUACGGGAUAAUCUCCACGCCCGAAAACCCCGUACCCCGGUGCGCAACGGCGCUCGAAACAGACGCAAUCGAGCUCUCCGCUUUGGAGCAGGAUGGCUUCUUCGCAUCCAUCCCAGGAUUCCCAUCAAGCGGCGACGUCUUCUCGCAGGCGACACUAAACACCUUCGCCGCGCUCCCAAUCCCCACCCGCGCGGCAGUUAGGGCUAUCCUGACGACGGAACUCGUCAAGCCGGAUGUUAGGAGCAGGUAUGGCGUUCCGCUGGAGAGGGUGAAGAAUCAUUUCCCGAUGGAGACGAGGAAUUUUUCGGAUUUCUAUUGCUCGUUGGAGCAUACGCAGAAUUGCUGCACCCUAACCUCGCGCCCCAUCCCCGAAAACUGGUUCUACACGCCCUCCGUGUACAACGGGCGCACGUCCUCGCUGCGGAUUACAGGCACACCCAUCGUCCGGCCGCACGGCGUCUACCGCACGCCAUCCACCUCCCUAGAUACCACCCAGAACCCGCCGAAAUUCCAGCCCUCCGCCCGCUUCGACUUUGAACUCGAAAUCGGCCUCUUCCUCUCGCGCCCUCUCCCACCGGGCGCAAUCCUCGACAUCGCCCAUGCGCAGGAGCACAUCUUCGGGAUGGUCCUGCUGAAUGACUGGUCCGCGAGGGAUAUCCAGAUGUUCGAGAUGCCGCCGCUGGGACCGUUUCAUGGCAAGGGGGCGGGCACGACGGUUAGUGCGUGGGUUGUUACGGCUGAGGCGUUGGAGGGGAGCAAGUGUGCUAGUACCAAAGUGCAGGAUCCGGCGCCGUUGAGGCAUUUGGAGUAUAGGGGGAAGGAAGAGGAGGCGACGUGGGAUGUUGAGGUGAGCGCGAGGGUUGUACGGAACGGAAAGUCGUACCUCGUCACCGAGUCGAAUCUAAACGAGCUGUAUUGGACACCAUACCAACAGCUCGCACAUCUGGCCAGCGCAGGCGAGGGUCUGAGUACGGGGGAUAUCUUUGGCACGGGGACGCUGACGAGUGCGCGCCGCAACUCCAAAGGCGAAAACACCGGCAUAGCUUGCCUACUCGAGCGCCAACUCCCGCAGAACGUGCUGCCAGACAUGCAAGCCGACGGCAUCUCGUACCUCGAGGACGGCGACGAGGUGAUUAUGGACGGGUGGUGCGUGAACCGGGCCACGGGGGUGCGGUUUGGGUUUGGCGAGUGUAGUGGCGUUGUCCUUCCUGCUUUGGAGGGAUACCAAUGA